CACCUCCUUCUCCUCCCUCAAACCUCACCCAUUUCCAAAUUUCUUUCGCGAGACGUUUUUCCCGCAAUUCUUGGCAGAGUCGCCUGCUUGCUUUUUCCUUUUAUCCUAUUUUACUUUAAACAUUGUUAUCAAGACUAACAUUACUGCUCGUUCCGGUGUAGCAGCAACAAAUAUUUUCCUUCUCUCUCUCUACAUAAAUAUCUGUUUAUUUAUCUAUCGAUUAAUACGUACGUACAUCCACUCCAAUAGCGUAAACAUAAACACACAUAUGUAUAUACAUAAAUAUUGAUAUAUACAUAUAACACAUACAUAUAUAUAUAUCUCCCUAUAUAUAGUUUGUAUUUGAAGAAUUUUGAUUAAAUGUCGAACCGAGUCACACCAGAACUGGAGAAUCGGACCACCAAGAAUAUGGACGGCAAUUGCCAAACAAGUGAUUCCACUGCGCCAGAUGACAGAAUGGAAAGAAUUCGGCCACAGCACACAACAAUUAAUUGUGGAGCUGCUGGUGAGACCUAUGAAGGUUUAGGAAUCUGUGGAUGGGUGUUAACCAUUUUGUCAUGGUUACUGGUAUUUGCAACCAUUCCAUUCUCCCUUAUGCUCUGUUUCAAGGUUGUCCAAGAAUAUGAACGUGCAGUGAUAUUUCGUCUUGGAAGGCUGUUGUCUGGUGGUGCCAAAGGACCAGGAAUCUUCUUUGUGUUACCUUGUGUUGAGAGUUACACCAAAGUUGACCUGCGUACGUUGUCAUUUGAUGUGCCACCCCAAGAGGUGUUGAGUCGUGAUAGUGUGACAGUGUCCGUCGAUGCAGUUGUCUACUAUCGGGUCUCAAAUCCCACUAUAUCUGUCGCUAAUGUCGAGAAUGCUCACCACUCUACCCGACUUCUCGCCCAGACAACCCUGCGAAAUAUGCUGGGCACUAAAAAUCUAUCAGAAAUCCUAACAGACAGAGAGGCAGUAAGUCAAGGAAUGCAGUCAGCUCUAGAUGAUGCAACAGAGAACUGGGGAAUCCACGUGGAGAGAGUUGCUAUAAAAGAUGUCAGAUUACCAGUCCAGUUACAAAGAGCAAUGGCUGCAGAGGCUGAAGCAUCUAGAGAAGCAAAAGCUAAGGUAAUUGCUGCUGAAGGCGAACAUCAAGCUUCUCGUGCCCUUAAGGAAGCAGCUGACGUCAUCAAUGAGUCCCCGUCAGCUUUGCAGCUCCGUUAUCUCCAGACGCUAAGUACAAUCUCGGCCGAGAAGAAUUCCACAAUCGUAUUCCCCUUACCGAUUGACAUGUUACAACAGUUUUUACGGUAACAACACCAAACACAAACACAAAAACACACUAAAAAAAAAAAACACCAACUUUCUCUUAAAUACCCCAACCAAACUCACCCCCACUCCACAAAAGUAGAUAAAAAUCAAAGCCCUCCACCCUGGCCACUCCCCAAUACUGCUUGGAGGAAUUCCUGCUCCCUUCACUGCUUCAUCCUCCUCUAACAGCAACAACAACAAAAUUUAGCCGGGGGGGGGGGCCUCUAUGUAGUUGUUGAUCCUGCAAGAAAUAGUAGUCAAAUUCUCCCUCAAAUCACACCCUACUGUCCUAGAUGAAGAAAGGAUAUACAUUUGAUAACGUAGUCAUAUAUAUGUGUAUAUAUAUAAGACGGGGUGGCCAUGGAUGGAACACAUUUCAUCAUAAAUUUACUCAGCAACAAUACAACAAAAGGAAGUGAAAACCCCCUACCCCACUGUCACCCCCCCACCCUCUGG